CGUACAUUAAAUUUACUUGGUGAAGCGCUGCACCAGGACGUGGACGUUACUUACGAAUCUGCACAUUGACGGUUCCAGAAGCAUCCAAAUCGAAGCACCAAAGACACAUCAUACUCGGCAAUAUGGAAGACGAAGAAGGUCAGGUUAUGAGACAAGUUAACUUGGUGUUUGAUGACGAAUUGGUCCUGAGAGAGGAGGUCGAGUUCCUCCGUGAAAUCAGUGACUUUUUCGAUGGCAUGUUUCGAGGCGACUUCGAAGAAGCCACUGCGGAAAACAUCGAUCUGAGGAAUUUCUGUGGCCAAAGCGUGAGGUUGAUUUUGAGGGCCUUGAAGAACGGCAAGAAUAUCAAUGAGAACUUAUCCUUGACCAUCUACAACAUCAUGAAGCCGACGAUUUUCAAAACUUUGAGAAUGCUGAUGAUCAAGGCAGAUUUGGAGCAAAUCGCCAUGCUCAAAAUGUUGCCUCAAGAAAUCGCAAAGUACCGCCAAGUUGCUGCGGACACCGGAAACGAAGUCUUGGAAAAUUGCUGCUUACGAAAGGCGGUGGGGAUUUUCAAAGAUUUCCGCAAAACUCGCAAUUUCAAGAAGUUGCCGUUGGAAAAGUUAAAGACGAUAAUCAACCACAUGUACUUGGACUGCGAGUCAGAAACACAGAUUUUGACCGCGAUUUUCGGAUGGUUGAACUUUGACAUGAGAAAUCGGCAGAGGCACUUUGAGGAGGCCCUUUCACUGAUAAACUGGCCCAAGGUCAAGAGGAACCAGUUCAAAUUUCUGAUGAAAAGAUCGAACAUUGUCAAACGAAGCAAAAAACUGAAAAAAUUGAUUUCAGCCAUUUACUAUAAACUGAAAAUCCAGCCAACACUGGCAAAUCCGGACGCAGCACCAUACGGAUUAUCUUUUCCUCGUGAGAUAAUGAAAUCUGCAACUGAUAUACUUGCGUCCGGCGGGCAAAGAUCAAAGCGACCUCUUUUCUUCAUGGUCCAGACGGAAUUCAUUUAUUCAAAAGAGCGAUACGCCGCCCUGUUUUUUUAUGACGCUGAAAACGGGGAAUUCACGGACAACCUCGUCUGCGAACCCAAGGAGAGCAUGAGCGUCGAGCACGACUUUGACAUUUAUGAUUUCCAAAUCUACAUGUUCGGAAGGGUCAGCUCAGAAGAAGCAAAGGGGCUCAUCAAAAGUAGGCCAAUGUGUUUCUCAAACAAAUGGAAGAAAGUUGGCAGGUUUGAAGCUCGAAAGGCCAGCAUUUCGACCAACACCGGAGAUGACAAUUUGCGCCACGAUCUUCGCCAGCUCAAACUGAGAGAGCGAAAUUGGGAGGUCUCGAGCGAAAGGCAAAACGGCUUCCCAAUUCCGGACAACCCGAUCGACGUGCAGCGAUCGGGACGGGACUUUUUCAUUUUCCACGUUGGGUGUGACAAGUUUGACACCAAGUACAAUCACGUGACAAACAUCUGGAAAAGGGACGAUGGAUACACCUGUUGUGUCGCCUUCCCAUUCAUCUUCCGCGCCUUCAGAGACGGAAAGGACUUGAAGCUGUCCGAGUUGAACUUGACCAACAACAAGAGGACCAAAGUGGAAAGUGACUUUGUGCGGGAGGUUGCACCACCGGCUCGGGCUCGAACUCGGCGAGAGGAAUAUGAGGAAUUAGACCGCUUGAUGAAUCUGGGAGUGGGAAUUCCUCGACGCGUUCAAGAACCACCUCCGCCGAUGCGUCCGCCUGUGGACAACAGACCCGAAUUGCUGCCAACCUCAGGUUUCAGUUUCUUGACGCCCAUCGAGAAAAGAUUCUACUUUUCGGAGAAAAUGUUUGGAUCUUUCAAUUACGUGACACGCAUCGCUGGCAACAAAUUCCACGUUCAGGUUCCGUAUUACGAAGGCAACCACCCCAUCGCUUACCAGUUUUCUUAUGAAAACACUCUGCACUUCCUGCUCAACGAAAAGCCUAUAAACGAAACUGGCGAGCGGAAGUUUGGACUCUACAAGUCCACAGCCAGGAGACCAAAUGUUAUGAAAAAGAUCAGGAGCUAUCCUGACAUGGCGGCCCAAAUGAAAAAUUUGUUGGUCAAACACUUGCCCUUCACUCAAGGAGAAAUCAACCUUUCCAACUCCAUGAAGUUCAAAACCGUCAACCCCGUCUGGGUGGAGGGUUUCAAGUACACCAUCAACAACCAGCUCAACGAACAUGUCAUGGAAAUUGAAUAGAAAAUUAGAAGAAGAAAAAGUAUUUUUUUCUGCAGUAAAAUUGGUUGAAUUUUCUUGAUUUCGGUUAAAAUUAGGAUGACAUUGGAAAUAAAAAUUUAAAACAUUUUUAUCUUAUAGUUUUUUGGAGUUGGUUCUACUUUUAUCAACAGUCUGGUUGAGUGCAAGUAAAAUUAUGUAUCUGAUUAUCGGAUAAUUUGUUUCAAUUAAUUUAAAAUAUAGAUUUAAAUGCAUUUUAUAAGAUAUUUUUAAUUGGUUAAUCAUAAGUUGACUAUUUGUGAGUGUAACCAAAAAGCCAAUCGGCAAUUCAAAAAUUUAGGAUUAUAAUCUUGUUUUAUUUUUCUAUAGAAAUUAUAAUUUGUCUCCCUUCCGAAUGUCAAUUAACAACUGAAGAACAAACAAAAAUGAAUCAUAAAUUUACCGCCGCUCUGCACAAAUUUUGGAGUGAAUUUAACCCGUUAUUAUUAUGUACUUUUAACUUGUAAAACCACGCAUUUCAAUAAAAUGAAAAUAAAAUCAAGAUCUUUAA